AUGUCAUGCAGAAAUUUCCAGCUGAGCUCCAGAUGUGGCAGCCGGAGUUUCAGCUCAUGCUCGGCCAUCACGCCCCGGAUGGUCACACACUAUGAAGUGAGCAAGGGACCCUGUCGUCCUGGAGGUGCCGGGGCCCUCCGAGCCCUGGGCUGCCUUGGCUCUCGCAGCCUGUGCAAUGUGGGCCUCGGGAGGCCCCGUGUGGCCUCCAGGUGUGGCAUGCCAGGCUUCGGGUACCGAGCGGGAGCCGCCUGCGGACCACCCACCUGCAUCACCCCUGUCACCAUCAACGAGAGCCUUCUGGUCCCCCUGGAGCUGGAGAUCGACCCAACAGUGCAGAGGGUGAAGAGGGACGAGAAGGAGCAGAUCAAGUGUCUCAACAACAGAUUCGCAUCCUUCAUCAACAAGGUACGCUUCCUGGAGCAGAAGAACAAGCUGCUAGAGACAAAGUGGAACUUCAUGCAGCAGCAGAGGAGCUGCCAGAGCAACAUGGAGCCGCUCUUCGAGGGCUACAUCUGUGCCCUGCGACGACAGCUGGACUGUGUGUCUGGGGACCACGCGAGACUGGAGGCUGAGCUCUGCAGCCUGCAGGAUGCACUGGAGGGUUACAAGAAAAAGUAUGAAGAGGAGCUGUCCCUGCGCCCCUGCGCUGAGAAUGAGUUUGUCACCUUGAAGAAGGAUGUGGACACAGCCUUCCUGGUGAAGGCUGACCUGGAAACCAACUUGGAGGCUCUAGAACAUGAGAUUGAGUUCCUGAAAGCCCUGUUUGAAGAGGAGAUCAGCCUGCUGCAGUCCCAGAUCUCCGAGACCUCAGUCAUUGUGAAGAUGGACAACAGCCGGGAGCUGGACGUGGACGGUAUCAUAGCCGAGAUCAAGGCCCAGUACGACGACAUCGCCAGCCGCAGCAAAGCGGAAGCAGAGGCCUGGUACCAGUGCCGGUAUGAGGAACUGAGGCUGACGGCCGGGAACCACUGUGACAACCUACGCAACCGUAAGAACGAGAUCCUGGAGAUGAACAAGCUGAUCCAGCGGCUGCAGCAGGACAUCGAAACAGUCAAAGGCCAGCGCUGCAAACUGGAGGGAGCCAUUGCCCAGGCAGAGCAGCAGGGUGAGGCGGCCCUCAGUGACGCCAAGUGCAAGCUGGCAGGGCUGGAGGAGGCCCUGCAGAAAGCCAAGCAGGACAUGGCCUGCCUUCUCAAGGAGUACCAGGAGGUGAUGAACUCUAAGCUGGGGCUGGACAUUGAGAUCGCCACCUACAGACGGCUGCUGGAGGGCGAGGAGCACAGGUUGUGUGAAGGCGUCGGGCCUGUGAAUAUCUCGGUCAGCAGCUCCAAAGGCGCCGUUCUCUACGAGCCGUGUGUGGUGGGCACACCCAUGCUGAGGACCGAAUACUGCACAGGGACCACUGGUGUCCUCAGGAACAGCGGGGGCUGCAGCGUGGUGGGCACCGGUGAACUCUACAUCCCCUGUGAGCCCCAAGGGCUCCUGGCUUGUGGAAGCGGGCGGAGCUCCAGCGUGAAGAUGGGGGUGGUUAGCAACUCUUGCAGUCGUUAG